CUGAUAUAAAAACAAGCCUCGCCAACUGUGAUCGAUGGAGUUUCUACAAGUGAUGGCAGAGGUCAAAGGAGCGUCGUGCAUUUGGGAUUUAACCUUUGUGGACACAAGCUGUUGUUCCUGAGCCUGUGGUGGAUUUUAUUUUUCUGUGUGUUUUUGUUUUGUAAUUUUUUUCCCUCUCUCACCUUUGACCGACAGCAUGGGGAUCCUGCUUUUAUUUGCUGCCUUUCAAGUGCUGACAGUCGGCGUGGUGUCUGCUGGCUGUCCAGUGGUGUGCGGGUGUCCGGCGGGCCCCGUCCUGCCCCCCGGGGUCAGCUCGGUGCCGGACGGCUGCGGCUGCUGCAAGGUGUGCGCCGCCCAGCUGAACCAGGACUGCCACGACGGGCGGCCCUGCGACCACCACCGAGGCCUGGAGUGUAACUAUGGCAACGACGUGGGCCGGACCCACGGCAUCUGCAGGGCGAAGGCCGAGGGCCGCUCGUGCGAGUACAACGGGCGGAUUUACCAAAACGGCGAGAACUUCAACGCCGGCUGCAAGCACCAGUGCACCUGCAUCGACGGGGCGGUGGGCUGCGUGCCCCUCUGCCCCAGCCACGUGCCGCUGGCGUCGCCGUCCUGUCCGGCGCCGCAGCUGGUCAAGGUGCCGGGCCAGUGCUGCCUCACCAUCGACUGCCACAAGGGAACCCCCCUGGUGCCCCCCGUGCACCGCCGACCCCAACCUCCGGCCUACCCGCCUUACCCGUUCAUCCCCUACCCGGCCUACCCCUUCCCGAAGCCGUACCCCAAACCCUACCGGAAGCUGUUCCCCUACAAACCCAAGAAGGAGAAGGACACCCUGGGGAACGAGCUGGUGGAGGGGGGGGGCGGGCGCAGGUGGGACAAGCCACGUGGCAACAAGCACCUGGCGGCCUGGAAACAGGUGGCGGAUCAGUGUGCGGUCCAGACUACGUCCUGGUCCCAGUGUUCCCGGAGCUGUGGGAUGGGCGUCUCCUCUCGGGUUACCAAUGACAAUGCCCGCUGUAAGCUGAUCAAAGAGACGCGUCUGUGCAACAUUCGGCCCUGCAGCUCCAUGUCCAUGCCUGUCAAGAAAGGAAGGAGGUGCUGGACCCACAAGGCCCCCGAGCCCCACCGCCUGUCCUACGCCGGCUGCAGGAGCACGCGCCUGUACAGGCCCAACUACUGCGGCGUGUGCCGGGACGGCCGAUGCUGCUCGCCCCGGCGCACGCGCACCGCCAGCGCGAGCUUCGCGUGCCCCGACGGCGAGCGCUUCAGCCGCGCCGUGAUGUUCAUCCAGUCCUGCAAGUGCAGCGACGCGUGCAACCACCUGAACGAGGCCGCCAUGCCCCCCCAGCGCUGGCUCUACGGAGACACGCACAAGUUCAUUGACUAGUGGCAUCACCCCCCCCCCCCCAAAAAAAAAC